AUGUUCAAAACUUGUUGUGCUCCACCAGAGGUCAUUAGAAAUGUGCUCCUGCGCUGAGCCUGGAACUUUUAAAAAGUGACAGAGAAGCCCAACAAUUACCUAGGGGAGGUUUGAUCCCCGUGUAAGCAGCAUAGACUCGACUCCGUGGCCCCUUUAAAACUCAACCUUUCUGACCUUCUGUGAAAAGGCCCUCCUGGUCAAACAAACAAGCAUUGUUGAUGAAGAGCGGGAGGAGGUGUUGGACGUGUUGGAAACUUUGCCCUGCAGCAGUCAUGGCCACUGCCAGGCUUGAUUAUGUGGCUCCGUGGUGGACCUACUGGCUGCACAAUUUCCCACACUUCAAUUUCUCCCUCCUGUCGGUCGACAGCACUUUCAAACCGGAGGAUGGCAGCUACCAGCAGUCUUUGAUACUUCUCGCCUGCCUUGGAGCGGUAGGCCUUGGCUUCAGUUUGCUGUUUCUGGGUGGGUUUCUGGUGUGCUUGUGCUGCUGCCGAAGGAAUCUGGAUGAAGACACCAAAAGGCCCAACACCUGCUGCAUCACAUGGGUCGCUAUCAUCACAGGCCUCAUAGUAUGUUCUGCUGUAGGCGUGGGUUUCUAUGGGAACAGUGAGACCAAUGAUGGGGUGUACCAGCUGACCUACUCACUCUACAAUGCCAAUCACACACUGGAAAGCAUCAACAAUAUGGUUGCGACAUCUCGAGGGAGUGUGGAAACAGGAGUCAAACAGCACUUGGAACGCCUGGAUGAAAUCUUCGCUACCAAGCCGGAGUACCUUCAAGCUCUGCGCUUCAUGCGGCUGAUGAUGGGAAACAUCAUCCGUGAGCUGGCUGCUCUGCCAGACAUCAGCAAAACUAAGGUUGACUUGGCAGCUGUUGCAGAUCAAACCACUUUUGCUGAAUAUUAUAGAUGGCUGACUUAUCUUCUGCUGCUGAUUCUGGAUCUGGUCAUUUGCUUGGCCAUGUGCUUAGGGAUGGCUAAGCACUCUCAGUUUCUGCUGAUCACGAUCAUGGGCUUUGUUUUACUGUCUUUGGUGCUAAGCUGGGCCUCCCUGGGGACUGGCACUGCUACAGCUGUGGGUGUUAGCGAUUUCUGCGUGUCUCCAGACAAGUUCAUUGUUAACCAAACGAAGGAUUUCCUCAGUGCAGAUGUCGCGCACUACUAUUUGUUCUGCAGUACAAACCUGCCAAACCCUUUCCAACAGUCACUGACAGUCUGUCAGCGCUCCCUGACCACCAUGCAGAUCCAGAUCCAGGGUUUGCUACAGUUUUCUGUGCCUGUUUUCCCUUCAGCUCAGAGAGACCUUUUAGGCAUCCAGAGACUGUUAAACUCCACAGAGUUCAGCGUUCACCAGCUAACAGCCCUGCUGGACUGCCGUGGGCUGCACAAGGACUACCUAGAUGCCCUCAUCGGAGUGUGCUAUGAUGGGGUAGAAGGGCUCCUCUACCUCUCUUUGUUUUCUCUUCUGGCUGCCUGCGCACUCUCUGCCAUGCUGUGUGUAAUUUUCCGACUGUGGACAUUAAUGGGCAGCAGGGAGAAGGAGUAUGAUGACAUAGACGAGGAGGAUCCAUUCAACCCAGAACCCCGCCGCUUUUCAUAUAACCCCAGACGGUCCAACACUCACAGCUUCUGCAGCUACAUCAGCAGCUUUGGCAGCCAGGCCAGCCUUCACCCUCCUCCUCAGUCAUCCUCUAGUUCCACCGUCCCACCUCCUGAAUACAUGAAUCAGUCCAUGCUGUUCGGAUCCACCCCUCGAUAUGAGAACGUGCCACUGAUAAGGGGAGGGUCCCCGCCGCCGUCGUACUCCCCCAGUAUGAGGACCACCUAUCUGUCCAUGACUGACGCCCAGAUCAGACAUUUUGGCACUGACUUCCAGGUGUAGCCGACUCCCCACUGAACCCCUGUCAGUGCUUCAGUCUAAGAGUCUGAGCCCCUACAAAGACGGCUGUCUCUGUGGCAUAAUCCUGUUUACUGGAGAGACAGCUUGUCGUCCAAUUUGAGACAUAAAAGCAGGCCAUAAGAGGCAAUUACUUUUGUGACACAUCAGUGCAGUGCUUGGAAAGCCCUGAAUGUAGUUUCCAACAAAGGGUGUCUGUGCAGAUUAAUCUCAUGACUGCUAUUUGCAUCAUUCUUUGUGAAAAUACUGCUUUUCUAAUGUAUGUUUUUACAUGAUCCAAGUUCAGAACUGUUGGAGUGAAAGAGUUGGGGAAUAUUGCCAGAUAUAUGGAUCUUAAAUCUCAACAGUUUUGCUGUAUGUGUUGUGUUUAGCAGCAAAUAAAUAAUGACAUAUUUUGGCCUUUUUAGUAUGGUGCAAUAUAAAAUCCAUCUAGUACUAAAUAUUGUAAAUUUAUACCAAAGAGCCAAGAUGCCUUUAAGGGUAAAUCACAUAUUUGCAGCUACAAAAUAUCAUAAAUUUGUAUUGUUUUUUGUGUGUAAAGUGGGUUUAUUACAACAUAAAAAAUACAAAUAUGUGAAAGCACAGUCAUAGGUUUUCAAUUUUGUCAAAGUGAUUGAUAAAUUAAUUUAGUAAAUGUUUUUAUUUUUUCUCAGAGCUGUUAAACAUUUAAAAUCUGCAAGAAUUCUUCUUUUUGUGCAUUACAUUUCAACCUCACAGGAAGUUUCAACCUAAAAUGAUGUAAAUGUACUCCUGAUUCAAUGUGAACUCCUUUAUACAAUUAGAAUGACCUACAGUAAUGCUAUUAAGCUAACAGGGAUUUGAAGUGACCUCAAGAUGUCACAGGAGCUGUGUCCUCUGUCUGUGCCACAUCUAGAAAUAUGCCGGCAGAAAUGGCGUUACUCCUGCAUAAAUCAUCUUCUUCAUGUUAAGGAUGUAAAAAGACGUUGUUCUUGGUGACAUGCAAGACAAUUAGAUUAACUUUUAAAAGCAGGCCGGGCUAUGUCCUAAAUGGCUCGAAAUUGAAUAUUGCUUAAAACGGAUGAAGAAGCAGUGUCCUUUGAGUGUGAAAGACACUGGCUUCUUUCACGUUUGACGACAAUAAAUGCUUCUUUGACCUCCAAAAA